AUGGCCACAUUGUUGGACAUGUUUCAUCCAUCUCUUGAUCCAAAUUCAACUUAUAUCCUACAAAUGAAACACCUUGGUAACCCUAAGAAAGCUAGGAAAGAUGUCAGAUGCUUUUGUUUUGAGAAAGUUGUUGAUUCUGAUCUCACUAAUUUUCAAGAUUUAGUUGAAUCAAUCAUAGAUCAGUACCCUCCUGGCUAUAUGGAAAUUGCACAUCUUCAGUACCAUGACCAUGAUUCAAAAACCUUCCCAGAAGUUAAAACUGACCAAGAUUUGAUGUUAAUGUUUAAAAAACACAAGAAAACAAAGGUUGUGGACAUGUUCAUAGCAUAUUCUCAUCCAUCUGAACCAUAUGAGCCUCUCACUCACUGGCAUUACGAGGACCAAGGGUAG